AUGUCUUUUGGACCUCCCAACAGCGCGCCGCUUCCCUCUUCUUUCGAUGAGAAUGCCGACUUUUACAAUGAAAACACCAUCGACAAGAUAUGGAGACGCCUUCGCGAAGAGCCCCUCGUUCCCCUCGGCUGCGGUCUCACCGUCUGGGCCAUUGUCGGCGCGACCCGCUCAAUGCGAAAAGGUGACCACAAGAUGACCAACAUGUACUUCCGCCGACGUCUAUAUGCUCAAGCCUUCACAAUCGCUGUACUGGUAGCAGGAAAUAUGUACUGGCAAAAGGAUCGUGUGAAGCGCAAGGAGUACGAGAAGCAGGUUGCUCAGAAGGAGCGCAUGGACAAGAGGGACAGGUGGCUGAAGGAGUUGGAGAUGCGAGACGAGGAAGACAAGGCCUGGAAGGAGAGGAUGGCCAACAAAGCGAGGGGAGCAGCAGGAGAGGCCAAAGGUGUCACUGACAUGGUGGCUGAGAAGACAAAGGAGCUGAAGGAUCAGACUGUCGGAAAAUAA